AUGAAUGGACGCGGACGGACGGACGGACGUAAAAGCGACAUGGGUAACGUGCGCGUAUACUGCCGCGUGCGUCCGCAGAAUGCCAAGGAGCUCACGAUGACAGCAGCUCAGCGCUGUGUCUUUACAGAUACCGUGGAGAUCAAAGUCAAGACGAAUGAUGGCAAUCCACAGCAAUUCACAUUUGACCAUGUGUUUGGAGAAGAGGACAACCAGGAGACAGUGUUCGAGAACGUGGCUCGUCCAGUCGUCCAAGAUAUUAUGGAUGGGUACAAUGCUACUAUUUUUGCUUACGGUCAGACAUCGUCAGGUAAGACGUACACGAUGGAGGGAGCCAACAUUGAUCAUCCAGAGUUGCAGGGCAUCAUUCCGCGCACAGCGACCGAGAUCUUUGACAACGUCAUGAAUGCCGAUGAGAACAUGGAGUUUAUCGUGAAAGUGAGCUACAUUGAGAUUUACAUGGAGCGCAUUCGCGACCUGCUCGAUCCGUACAAGUCCAAGAUGAAUCUUCAAGUCCGUGAAGACGCACAGCGCGGCAUAUUCGUCGAAGGCAUGACAGAAAUGUGUGUGACGAGCGACGAGGAACUGCUGGCUGCUAUGCGAGCAGGUGCAGCUAACCGUGCGGUGGCAGCGACAGGAAUGAACGAGGGGAGUUCUCGUAGCCAUAGUGUCUUCAUGGUGACGCUAUUCCAGCGCAAUCUCGAAAACCAAGCCACAAAAGCUGGCAAAUUAUACCUCGUGGAUCUUGCUGGCUCUGAAAUGGUGCGCAAGACUGGCGCAACGGGCCGUCAGCUUGAAGAGGCAAAGACGAUCAACAAGUCGCUAUCAGCACUUGGCAUGGUCAUCAAUGCCCUCACAGACUCACAUGCGACCCACGUGCCAUAUCGAGACAGCAAGCUUACCCGCGUGCUGCAGGAGUCGAUCGGUGGUAACUCGCGCACGGCAUUAAUAAUCAACGUUUCACCAAGCAGCUUCAAUGCAUCAGAAACGAUUUCUACGCUACGAUUCGGUAUGCGUGCCAAGUCGAUUACAAACAAGGCAGUGGUCAACGAACAGCGCAGUGUUGCUGAGUACGAAGCACUACUUGCUGCGGCCGAGAGGAAGAUAGCAAAGCAGCAGACAUAUAUUAUCGCACUGGAAGCCAGAGUUUUGACGAGGGACGACCCAGAUGGAGAAAGUGACGCUGAAGCUAUCGCUGGCGCCGCAGCUUCAGGUGAAUAUGCUAAAACUAAACCUGACAGAGGUGUCGGCGUGAUUGGCGUGGAGCUGGAAGUGCCGGAUACUGCAAUUGAUAAAUCGCCACCAUCAUCAUCGGCUCGAGCAGGGCGUGCACUAGCAGAAUUGCAGGAGAAAGUGACCCAGCUCGAUGAAGAGCUGGCUGAGGAGCGUCAAGAAUCGAUGCGACGCGGGGAGGAGAUCCGGUUGCUCACGGCUAAGCUUGAGGAGCACGCCCACGCACUCGAGACGCAGCGUGUGUUAUCGGAGGAAUUACAACGAGUAAAGGAACUACAAGCUACGACGUUGGAAGAGAAGAUACGCCAACGCGAGACUUUGAACUCGGACUUGCGCUCCGACUUCGAGAAACUCAAUUUUGAUCACAAGGAACUUCAAAUUCACUCGGAGACGAUUCAGAGCGAGUACGAUGCGCUCGUGCAGGAUAUGUCAGCACAAAGGGCGACUGCGGGUGGCGGUAAACUAGCAGCAGCAGCAGAAAUGAUUGCCCGAACAGACCAACAGUCAGCAGAGCAGAGGUUACAGAAUCGUGCAGGUGAGGAUGCUGCAGAGGGUCAGGAGCAUAAAUCGAGGAAUGAGUCGCCGACUGAGAACGCCGAACUAGGCACAGACCUGCAGCAGUACCUGGAUCUGAAGACCAAGUAUACGGCACUCGAAGCCGAACUGAGAGAGUAUGAGAAAGAGUACCUUGCGUUGAAACAAGCAACCGAUCACGAGAAGACUUGCCUGCAAGAAGACAUCGAUCGCAAAAUGACACGGAUCCAGAAUCUCGAAGCGCAGGCUGAUCGCGCUGGUACAUCAACCGGGGAGCUGUUGUCUCCACCCGGUAUCGCUACUGGCUCAAACAACAUGUCAGCGCGUGAACGGCAGCACAUGCGCUCGAUCCAGCAGAAGCUGGAGCAGCUCGUGGCAGUUCACCGGCAGUUGCUGCGAAAGUACGCGUCGCUCGAGUUGGAACUAUCGGAAGCGAAGAGGAAGCUGGCCCUGCGUGACGAUCGCAUCCGACAAGUGGAGGUCAACAAUCGCAUCAUGGCUGGUAACAUGCGAGCCCAAGCAGAGAAGCACGUGGAGGAGCUCACACAUCUUCGGGACCAAAUUGCAGAUUUCCGUGGUGCUCAGCGCUCGCACUUUGAGGCGCAGCUGAAUCAUACAAACGCUGCCCUUAUGGCUGCUAUGGGAAGCGCCGACACUGGUGUGAUCAAAACCCUUCGUGGUGGGUCCAUUUACAGUGGCGACGGUGUCAUUCGGCCGAUUCGUGGAGGACGUCGACGUAUACCACAGCAGAGCGAGGCAGCAGCGGGUACUACAAUGGGCGCUUUCAAAACUACUGCAGGAACGGUCGACGAUGGCGCACCAUCUCCAGGGUUUUUAACUCGUCUAUUCGGCAAGACGUAG